GCUGAAAUUGAGGAGCUACGGGCAGCUCUAGAACAAACAGAAAGGUGUAGAAAGGUGGCUGAACAAGAACUUCUGGAUGCAAGUGAGCGUCUGCAGCUCCUCCAUACCCAGAACACCAGCUUGAUCAACACCAAGAAGAAGCUGGAAACAGACAUUGCCCAAAUUCAGAGUGAAAUGGAAGAAACAGUCCAGGAAGCCCGCAAUGCUGAAGAGAAGGCCAAGAAGGCCAUCACUGAUGCGGCUAUGAUGGCAGAAGAGCUGAAGAAGGAGCAGGACACCAGCGCCCACCUGGAGAGGAUGAAGAAGAACCUGGACCAGACGGUGAAGGACCUGCAGCACCGUCUGGAUGAGGCUGAGCAGCUGGCACUGAAAGGAGGCAAGAAGCAAAUCCAGAAACUGGAGGCCAGAGUGCGGGAGCUGGAAGGGGAGGGGGAUGCUGAGCAGAAGCGCAGCGCUGAAGCCGGGAAGGGUGUGCGCAAGUACGAGAGGAAGGUGAAGGAGCUGACCUACCAGUCUGAGGAAGACAGGAAGAAUGUUCUCAGGCUCCAGGAUCUGGUGGACAAGCUUCAAAUGAAAGUGAAAUCCUACAAGAGACAAGCUGAGGAGGCUGAGGAGCUGUCCAAUGUCAAUCUCACAAAGUUCCGCAAGAUCCAGCAUGAACUGGAGGAAGCUGAGGAGCGGGCUGACAUUGCAGAGUCACAGAUCAACAAGCUCCGAGCAAAGAGCCGUGAAAUUGGCAAGAAGUCAGAAAGUGAGGAGUAAAUGCCUCCAGUGGUGCAAGGUGAAACAGAAUUGCACAAAAUGUGAAAUUCUAUCACUUUGAUUUUGUAAUCACUGCUUACUCCUUCAUCAACCUCUAGAUAAUUAAUGCCUAGAUAAUAAAAAUUGUAGAGAUUUUCCCAUGGAAA